AUGGAAGAUGAUAAGGGGUUUGUCUGGCAUUUCUUUGGGGUCUACACAAGUACUGAUGAUAAACUACGGAAGGCCCAAUGGCUUACUCUUCAAACCCAGAUCUCACGGUGUCCAGAGGCAUGUUUGGUAAUGGGAGAUUUCAAUGAUAUUUUGUAUAGCUUGGAAAAGCAAGGAGGCAAUAUUCACACGGAGAAGAGUAUGCACGACUUCUGUUCUUUUGUGGUUGAUAGUUAG